CAAGCCCCGCCGCCCUCGGACCCCGGCCGAGGUUGUCUCCCGGACAACCUUGAUGCUCGACGCCCUCCAUUCAUUUGACGACACCGACCAGGUUAAACAUUUUCAGAAGAUGGCUGAAAUAGACACACUAAUUAGGGAGAUGAAAUCAGUCCUAUAUGGAAGCAGUGAAUCUGAGCCUACUACUGAAGCUUGUGCCCAACUGACUCAGGAGUUUUUUAAAGGGGAUACACUUCGUCUCAUCGUCCUUUGUCUUCCCAAAUUGAAUUUGGAGGCACGAAAGGAUGCCACUCAAGUUGUUGCAAAUUUGCAAAGGCAGCCUGUUAACUCACGCUUGAUUGCUUCUGACUACUUGGAAGGCAACCUUGAUAUUGUGGAUCAUUUGGUAUCUGGAUAUGAGGAUUCAAGUCUUGCCUUGCACUAUGGAGCAAUGCUGAGGGAGUGCAUUCGCCACCAGAUCGUUGCUAGUCAUAUCUUGAAGUCAGAGCAUGUCCAAAAGUUUUUCGGAUACAUGCAACUUCCUGAAUUUGAUGUUGCUGCAGAUGCCGCAACUACUUUUAAGGAGCUGAUGACGAGGCAUAAAUCUACAGUGACAGAAUUUCUUUCUGGAAACAGUAAUUGGUUUUUCACGGAGUUCAACUUCAAACUUUUGGGAUCUCCAAAUUAUAUUACCAGAAGACAAGCUGUCAAGCUUUUGGGUGAUAUUUUGCUUGAUCGUUCAAAUUCUUGUGUGAUGGUACGCUAUGUGAGCACAUUGGACAAUUUGAUUAUUCUAAUGAAUCUUUUAAGGGAGUCAAGCAGGCCAAUCCAGUUAGAUGCAUUUCAUGUGUUCAAGCUUUUUGUGGCAAAUACAAAUAGACCCCCGGGUAUCACCAGUGUUCUUGCUAACAACAAAGAAAAGCUCCUCCGCCUCUUUGCCGGUUUGAGGAUGGAUAAAGAUGAUGAAGUUUUUGAGUCUGACAAAGCUCAGAUCAUGCGAGAAAUCAGCGGACUCGAACCACCCCGACAAGCUGCAGAUGUUUAUAAGCUUCCGAAAACUCCAAUGUGCUCUGGUGAACUGCCGAAAGUUUCUCCGUUGCCCCCAAAAACAUGCUCCUAUGUAUGACUGAUGAUGAUGAGGUUGCCACCCACCCUCAAAAUAGCAUUAUUUAUGCCCCAACAUAUGUUUCCCUAUGAAACAAUAUAUGCUGUAACAACCAUCCUCUGUUUUUUUGAUAAUUGCAUAAACCAUUGUUGUAUUGGGAGGGCGUAUACCUUUAUUUUUUAAAGAAGGUGCGUCCUGAAUUUGCUUUGUAAGUUUCACUGUUUGUAAUUCUGUAUUUUUUCAUUUGCCAAGACGGUGGAAUUAAGAUCGUCUUAUUUUUAUGAAUCUUUUGACCAUUCGACAUACGGAAAAUGUGAAAAUACACCUUAAUAUUUUGGUGCAAGUGCAAAUU